AUGGCCCUAACGAGAAGAUUUCAGAAACCUGUCAUCGUGCAAGGAACCGGGAAGCGCAAACUCGAGCAACCAAAUCACGAUCCGAAUGCGUUCUAUAAAGCAGCAAAAAUAGGCGCCAAUGGUGACGUCAAAAACAAGGGAAAGGCUGCAGAGGUUGAAGACGAGGAAGACGAGAGCGAGUUCGCCGGUCCAGAACUUCCACCCGACUUCGAAGAAGAUAUACCCGAUGAUGAGGAAGGUCGGUUUUUUGGCGGAGGCAUGGCGAAGGAGACGGCCCAGGCUAUGGAUUAUCUCGAUCAACAGGAUCAGGAUGGAGAAACAGCUCGUAUAUCGAAAAAUGCAGAGUUACGGGCCAAGUUUGAAAACGAUCCGCAAAAGUUUAUGGCUUCUGAAGCUGACCUUGACGCCGACAUAAAAGCGUUAUCUGUGCUAUCGGAACAUCCUGAGCUAUACGAGGAAUUUUCAAAAUUGGGAUGUGUCGCCUCCUUGGUUUCUCUUCUCUCCCAUGAAAACACAGAUAUUGCUAUUGAUGCAAUUCAAACCCUAUCAGAGUUGACUGAUGAGGAUGUACAAGCCAAGCAAGACCAGUGGGAUAGUCUGGUCAAUGCAAUGCUCGAUGCCGAUGUUAUUGAACUGCUAGCUCAGAACCUCUCGCGACUGGACGAAUCACAAGACGCAGACCGGACAGGUGUUUACUAUGUUCUAAAUGUACUUGAGAAUCUGGCUUCUCAGUCAUCAGUUGCCGAAAAAAUCGGACAGGACGCCAACACCAUUCCUUGGCUAUUAUCUCGAAUACAACAAAAAGAAACCCCGGUGGGGCAGAACAAGCAGUACUCAGCGGAGAUCCUGGCAAUACUUUUACAGUCAUCUCCUAAGAAUCGGAUUACGUUCGCUUCUCUCGAUGGAGUGGAUGUCCUUCUGCAAUUAUUGAGUUCAUAUCGCAAACGGGACCCUGAGAAAGACUCGGAUGAGGAAGAAUAUGUGGAAAAUCUAUUUGAUUGCCUAACAUGCGUGGUAGAUGAGAAAGAAGGCAAAGAAAAGUUCUUAGAGGCUGAAGGAGUUGAGCUUGCACAGAUCAUGCUCCGAGAAGGAAAGCUUAGCAAACAGAGAGCACUACGUACGCUGGACCACGCUCUUUCAGGCCAAAAUGGUGCAGCUGCAUGCGAGCAACUCGUGGAGGCAGCAGGGCUAAGGACAGUGUUUGGCAUGUUCAUGAAAAAGCAAGAAAAUGAAGCCUAUGAACACCUCUUGGGCAUAUUCGCUUCUCUUCUACGACAUCUACCAGGCGGGUCGGCGCCCCGUAUACGCACCCUAGCUAAAUUCAUGGAAAAGGAUUAUGAGAAAAUCGAAAAGCUGAUUACUCUGAGAAGAGAUUAUUCAUCUAGGCUUAGACCAGUUGAACUAUCUAUUGAGCAAGAGCGCCAAGGGCUUGAUGAAUCUGACCAGGAGAUCAUGGCUGGAGAAUGGCUCUCACGCCGGCUCGAUGCUGGUCUCUUUGCAUUGCAGACCAUUGACAUCGUUCUUGCGUGGCUAAUUGCCGAGGAUGAUGGGGCAGAGACCAAAAUAUCAGCUUUGCUGAGCGAUAGGGACGAGGGAAUUUCACUAAUCCAAAAAAGUCUUCAAGAUCAAGUAAAUGACCUUGGAGACGAAGAUGAGGGAGAGAAAGACAUGAAAGAUAUGCUGAGCACGCUGUUGCGGUUUUUACAAUAG